AUGAGGAUACUAUGCGUGGCUGAGAAGCCCUCUAUUGCCAAAGCCGUUUCCGAGCAUCUCGCUGGGGGCCGUGUCCAAGUGCGCAAUACGCAGAACAAGUACAUCAAGAAUUACUGCUUUGACUAUGACUUUGGCCAGGGAUGGGGCAACUGCAGUGUGACCAUGACCGCGGUGCUCGGCCAUCUCACCUCUACACAGUUUCCUCCUCAGUACAAGGAUUGGAAACAUCCACCCCCUGACCGCUUGUUCGACGCUCCGGUCCAAACAAUCAUUGCUGAGGAUAAAACCGAUGUCGCCGCCAAUAUUGAACAGCAGGCGAAGUAUUGUCAAGGACUAUGCAUUUGGACGGAUUGUGACCGCGAAGGCGAACACAUUGGCCAUGAGAUCUGCGAGGCGGCGAAGAAGGGGAACAGCCGCCUCAAUAUCAGACGGGCUAGGUUCAGCAACAUCGAGAGAGCGCACGUCCUGAAUGCUGCUAGGAAUCUCGUUGCUUUAGAUGAAAAACAGGUCAACGCCGUGUCCGCCCGCAUCGAACUGGACCUCCGGAUCGGGUAUGCCUUCACCAGGUUUUUAUCCAACAACCUCAAGCCAAUGGGGGAACCCCUGACCAGUAAGGUCAUCAGCUAUGGAUCAUGUCAAUUUCCCACCUUGGGUUUUGUCGUGGACAGGUACUUCCGGGUCAAAAACUUCAAGCCCGAACCUUUCUGGAGCAUCAAGGUGUUGCACAAGCGAGAGGGAAUUGACGUCCACUUCGCGUGGGCGCGGAACCGCUUAUUUGACCGAGCUGCAGUCAUCAUCCUCUAUGAGCGCUGCCUUUCAGCCAAGAUGGCAGAGGUGACAAAAGUCCAAGAGAAGCCAACGAAGAAGUGGAAACCGCUCCCUCUAACCACUGUCGAGUUACAGAAAAUGGCAACGCGUUUCUUGCGACUGACCGGUCAGCAGGCCAUGACGGCAGCUGAGAGCCUGUACAAUAAGGGUUUCAUCAGUUACCCCAGAACAGAGACCGAUCGCUUUGAUAAGGGCAUGAAUCUUCAAGCCUUGGUCCAAAAGCAGACACCGGACAAUCGAUGGGGCCAGUUCGCGCAAGAUCUACUUAACGGCGGGUUUUCCCAACCGAGACAAGGACGCAACGAUGACAAAGCUCACCCUCCCAUCCAUCCCAUUACGUAUGCUGCUCCCUCUGUCCUGGGCGAAGACGAGAAAAAGGUGUACGAGUUCGUUGUUCGUCGCUUCUUAGCCUGUUGCUCAGAGGACGCAAAGGGCGUCGCAACAGACAUUGAUAUUAUGUACGGCGAGGAAGCCUUCCACGCCCAUGGUGUCGUUGUCCUAGAGCGCAACUACCUGGAUGUGUACGUCUACGACAAAUGGACUGGCACUGCCCAGCUACCCAAGUUCACAGUUGGCGAACGUUUCGAGCCAUUCGAAGCUAUCAUGACUGACGGAAAAACUACGGCGCCAAGCUACUUGACUGAGGCGGACUUGAUUGCGCUCAUGGAUGCCAAUGGCAUAGGUACAGAUGCCACGAUGGCAGAACACAUCCAGAAGAUCCAGGACCGUGAGUAUGUAAGCACUGUCCCCAGAGCUUCUCGUCCAGCAGAUGACGGCGACGAUGGCGGCGAUCCACCAGCCAGAGGAGCUCGUGGAGGACGCGGCAGCCGCGGCGGUGGUCGUGGCCGUGGCGGUCGAGGGGGCGCAAGCACGACGGCUUCAAGAGGAGGGGUGAUGGAAUUCAUUCCAACCAAGCUGGGUGUGGCCCUAAUUGAGGGUUUCGAUAGGAUGAACUUUGAGACCAGCCUUGGCAAACCAUUCCUGCGGAAAGAGAUGGAAUUGAAAAUGAAGGCCAUAUGCGAGGGACGCACUACCCGACAAGCUGUGCUCAACGAAAGCAUUGGCCAAUAUCGGCAGGUAUAUAACCAGUCACAGGAGAAGCUGCAAGUGCUUAAGGCUGCCUGCAGACAGUAUCUGUUCGAGAAUGGGGUUGGCUGA